AUGAGCAACUGGAGGAGGAGUACCGGAGACGAUGAUAUGGGACUGCUUUGGAAACUUCCUCAGAUAAGGAUCAAAGACGUCGGAAAAGUUGGUCCCGCCUUAGGCCUCGGUGUCGGCUGCGGAUUCGGUUUCGGCGCCGGUCUUAUCGGAGGUGUAGGAUUCGGACCAGGAGUUCCUGGAUUACAGUUCGGUCUUGGAUUUGGAGCUGGUUGUGGAAUCGGUGUCGGAUUUGGCUAUGGCGUCGGAAGAGGCGCCGCUUACGAUCACUCUCGCUCUUAUUCUAACGUCGGAAAACCAUCUCUUGAUGAAGUUGAUUCUCUGAUUGAUGAACUCGUUGUUCACACUAAGAAACUUGUGAAAGCCACUUCAAAAGAAAUCGACAAGUGGAGAAGAUUGUGA